AGAGUGGGCGGUGUCUUAUUCUGUUGUACUUCACUUUCAUUCAUCAGAGUGUUGGAGUAAAGUGCGAGUCCUUCUCCUGAGACAGACACUCCAGCAGAGCACAGGCAAGGCAGUGAGGGUUCGGAAGCAGGAUGGCAGAAGCUCACCAGGCGGUGGCCUUUCAGUUCACUGUCACUCCAGAUGGCAUUGACCUGCACCUGUGCCAUGAGGCCUUACGGCAGAUCUAUCUUUCUGCCUUACACUCCUGGAAAAAGAGGUUCAUUAGAUUCAAGAAUGGUGUUAUGACCGGAGUUUAUCCUGGAAGUCCUUCUGGGCUCCUAGUUGUGGUUGGGGGAUAUAUGACCUAUACAAAGUAUGCUAAGAUAGACCCAACUUUAGGACUCUUCACUAAACUGGCCACUCAUUUACCAGUCAGUAAGUACAUAACAGAGGACACCCAGCGUAUCGUUGGCGGAAUGCUGAUUGGUACAGGGGUUUGGGUCACCAUCAUCUUUAUCAUGAGGAACAUCCUGAAGUCUCUGCUGUCCUGGCAUGGCUGGAUGUACAAUCGCCAUGGGUCCACAUCCAUAAGCACUAAAAUUUGGCUGGUACUGGUGAAGUUGUUCUCUGGACCUAAGCCAAUGCUGUACAGUUUCCAGAGCUCAUUGCCACGCCUACCCGUGCCCCCUGUGAAGGACACAGUGAAAAGAUACCUUGAAUCAGUGCGUCCUCUAAUGGACGAUGAGCAGUACAAACGUAUGGAAGGACUGGCGAAGGACUUUGAGAAGAACUUAGGCCCCAAACUCCAGUGGUACCUGAAGCUCAAGGCCUUUUGGGCCUCCAAUUAUGUCAGUGACUGGUGGGAGGAGUACAUUUACCUGCGAGGACGUGGACCCCUCAUGGUCAACAGCAACUACUAUGCAAUGGACUUUCUGUAUGUCUUCCCUACUCAUCUGCAAGCUGCCAGGGCAGGAAAUGCCAUCCACGCCAUCAUGCUUUACAGGAGGAAGCUGGACCGAGCUCAGAUCAAACCUGUUUACUUGCUGGAGAACAGAGUGCCGUUGUGUUCGGCACAGUGGGAGCGGAUGUUUAACACGUCCCGCAUCCCAGGCCUGGAGACAGAUAUCAUCCAGCACGUGAACGAGAGCAAGCACAUUGUGGUUUUCCACAAGGGCCGCUAUUUCAAAGUGUGGAUGUUUUACGACGGCCGCUUGCUGUUGCCCAGGGAGAUUGAGCAACAGAUGGAGAGGAUUCUGGCCGAUACGUCCAAGCCUCAGGCUGGAGAGGAGACGCUGGCUGCACUUACUGCAGGAGACAGAGUGCCGUGGGCGAAGGCCCGCACUGAGUUUUUCAGUAGGGGGAAGAACAAGCAGUCUCUGGACGCAGUGGAGAAGGCUGCGUUCUUCGUCACGCUGGAUGACACAGAGCAGCGUUACGAGCUUGAUAACCCUGUGCAGUCCCUUGACAGCUACGCUAAAUCUCUGCUUCAUGGAAAAUGCUAUGACAGAUGGUUUGACAAGUCCUUUAACCUGAUCGUGUACAAGAAUGGCACAAUGGGUCUGAAUGCUGAGCAUACCUGGGCUGAUGCCCCCAUUGUGGGCCAUCUCUGGGAGCAAGUGUUGUCUAUGGAUCCUGUCAAGUUGGGCUACACUAAAGAUGGCCACUGCCAGGGCAAACCACAUCCCAGUAUGCCUGGACCCCAACGCCUGCAGUGGGAUAUUUCAGAGGAGUGUCAGUCUGUGAUCAGCAGCUCUCUGAAGGUGGCUAAUGCCUUAGCAGAUGACGUAGACAUGCACAUCAUCCCCUUCAACGACUUUGGCAAAGGUUUAAUCAAGAAGUGCAGGACCAGCCCAGAUGCCUUUAUUCAGAUCGCACUCCAGCUCGCUCACUUUAGGGAUAAGGGCAAGUUCUGCUUGACAUAUGAGGCCUCCAUGACACGGCUGUUCCGUGAAGGCCGCACUGAAACCGUUCGCUCCUGCACCACGCAGACUUGCGAGUUUGUUCGUGCCAUGAUGGAUGAAAAACAGACCAGAGAUGAGAGGAUGCGACUGCUGAAGUUGGCAGCAGAAAAGCACCAGGACCUCUAUAGAAAGGCCAUGAUUGGUAAAGGCAUCGAUCGUCAUCUUUUCUGCCUCUAUGUGGUGUCCAAGUACCUGGGAGUUGACUCAGCCUUUCUCAGAGAGGUGCUGUCUGAGCCAUGGAGACUGUCCACCAGUCAGACUCCUCUACAGCAGGCCGACCUCUUUGAUUUGAAGAAGCACCCAGAGUAUGUCACCAGUGGAGGUGGCUUUGGCCCGGUUGCAGAUGAUGGUUAUGGCGUGUCCUACAUCAUUGUUGGAGAAGAUCUCAUCAACUUCCACAUAUCCAGCAAGCGUUCCAGUCCAGAGACUGACUCUCACCGCUUCGGCUGCCACAUUAAACAGGCCAUGCUCGAUAUUCUCGAUCUCUUCAAGUUGGACAAGAAGGCUGUCAACUGAACUGUUCUUCUCUCUCCGUAUAUAAAAGGGGUUUCAUUUCAGCGAAAUGUUUUACGGGUUAGAAGAUUGUAAAUGUAUUGUUGAUUUGUAAUUUAUGAUCGAUAAAACGAGAUGGGAACGUUAAAUAUCAUAAAUAAUGCAUGGAAGAGGAGAUUAUAUUCAUGUCGUGUUCAGGUUUUAAGUGUGUAAACUGAAAGUAACUAUUCAGUGGGCCUUCUUUUAUAAUGGAUUGCACCAGCUUUUUUUGUCUUCUACUAAACAUGCUGAAUUUCUCAGCUUGCAGAGCCCACGUUUCUCAUUUUAUAUUGAACUGAAUGGCAGUUGCCACUCCAAAACCCAGAUAACACUCUGGGGGAAAAAAAAACCCCACUGCCUUUUUGUGCUGUGUCAAUGCAAAGCAAAUUCAAUGCAAUGUUUUUAGCAGGUAUUUUACUUACACUGCUGAUCCUGUGGGACAUGUGAUGGUGGCUGUUGUGCAGGACAGUCACUAGGGGGAGUCCUUAGAGAACUUACGCUCUGAGCCUUUACUUGAAGGAAAUUAUUUUAAAGAUAUCACUGGCAUGAGAUUUCUUACUUCUAUCUUUUAUCUUACUUCUAAGUUUUUUUCAGUUACACCUAUGAAAGUUUCAACUAAUUUUUGCAUCAAUUCUAAAUGGCUCAAGAUUUUCUCCAUAGCAAAUUAUAUUUCAUAUACAUAUCCAUUACAAGUGUCCAUUAAAACCAAUUCCUGUGAGCACAACUCAUAAGCAAUAAAGUGUUUCUGAUUCUGA